UCGAUACCGCCUGACAGCUGUUUAAAAUGCUUGUUUGUUUUGUUUUUUUGGUUUGACUUAAAUUCUGCUUUUAAUUAAAAAAAAACACAUAAAAACCGCAGUAUGGAUCUUUUAAACACUUCCCUAACGCCGGUUCGCUUAGACAGCCAUCACACACAAUCUCCGAUCAAGCAUAAUGCCAAUUUGGCUAAUUGCAAGGCUCGAAUGGAAUCGCUGGUAAACGAUAUAACUAGUAACUAUGCCAAAUGGAAAUUAGCUCAUCAGCGGGGAACUUCCUUAUGUUACGCUAUUGAAGCCAAGAAAACGCGCUGCUUGGAAAAGGCGGAUGAAGAGAGCGGUUAUUAUCCGGAGGAUAUGAUAAGUCCAUGUGAUAAGCUGGCAGUGAUAACAUCCAUUUUUGUUGAUAUCGUUAAGAACACCCACGAAAUAUUGCGCCAAAUGCGUGCGCUUAUCAAACUCGCUGGUCCUGCAUCAAAUGUGAUCUUCUAUCGCACCUGGAAGCUGCAAAAGUUUGUCUCGUUCACUGAGGAACUCUCAAAUCGCUAUGCACGGGAAUCUAUUGUAAAGCAGCAAGUGAUGCAAAAUAUAGCACACUGCACCACAAGGAGUAAACUUAUCGCAUAUACGACAGCCUGGGAGUUUCCAGAUCAUGUUGAUGCCUAUGUCGAUUUGGUGUUUCGGCUUCUGGCGGAGGAAGUGAAAACAAAAUAAGUUCAUUCUGAUUGCUUUUAAUAAUUGUGCUCAUCAAAUUGUAUUUAUUAAAUGUUAAAUCGAGAUUUCAAUGCAGUUUGUCAGUUUCAAUAAACCAAUAACAUUAAGCUUAA